CGCAACAUCAGCUGCUUAUCCACAAGAAUUUCAGUAAUUUAUUGGAAAUUCAUCAAUUAAAAUCGAUAAAUGCCGUGCUGCACAGUUCAAAAGUGGAUUUCACGAGUUUUGGAAUAACGAAGAGGUGGAAUUUUCAUUCACAAAAGCCAAAAAGUCGCAAAAUAAUCGUCGUUCUACUUCGUCACAGAUAAACAAAAGAACGAAAAAAAAAUUGAUGAAGGUGCAGCAGUAGAAAUAAUUAGAACACAAUAGAAAAUGGAAAUCGACGAGGAGGAUGACUUUAUCGAUAUUCACGAUGAGCGAUUUCAUGCCUCAGUGCGCGAAAAUAUUAUUUUUCUCCUGUUAUUCAUGAUUUUGUACGUUGGAAGUUACGCGUUAAUUGGUCGUUUCAGGCGACGCGACAAAGAAGACCUUUUUUCGACGGACGAAGACGAAAUUAUCGUUUAUCGCAUCAGUUUGUGGCUCUGCACGUUUUCUCUGGCGAUCGCUAUUGCCGCGGGAUUGUUGCUGCCCAUCAGUAUCGCGAGUAACGAAGUGCUGUUACUCUAUCCAAAAAGUUAUUACGUCAAAUGGCUCAACAGCUCACUCAUCUCCGGCUUGUGGAAUUACAUUUUUUUGUUCUCAAAUCUCUCGUUGUUCGUUUUUUUGCCGUUCGCGUAUCUGUUUGCCGAGUCUUCGGGGUUUUUUGGAUCCAAAUCUGGCUUGGUGGCACGUGCCUAUGAAACGAUGGUCGUUUUUACGUUGCUGGCCUUCAUCGUGCUCGGACUCACGUUCAUCUUGUCGGCGUGGUUUGAUCCGGAACGCAGUAAUAUUCAGACUUUGUUAAACGUUGGUAGCUAUUAUUUACCAUUUUUAUAUUCUUGCGUGUCAUUCUCGGGAGUGCUGUUACUGUUAGUAUUUACUCCCCUUGGAUUCGUUCGUCUCUUUGGAGUAGUUGGACAAGUUCUCGUCAAGCCACAUUUGAUGCGCGAAGUCAACGACGAAUAUUACGCGUUUAAUUUCGAAGAGGCCUCUAUCAAACGUAAAUUAGCUCAAAUUAAUCCGCCCGCCGUCAAUAACGGGCACGGAGGCAACAAUGUGAGCGUUCGUCUCAAAAGCAUCACCUCCAUCAACAUAAAUCCGGCAAAGCUGUGUUCUGGUACCGAUGAUCUCUACCAGAUUCGUCAACAAAACGGCGUUAAUGUUGCUCCCGUCGCCAAUGGAAUCAACUCGAGUUCCGCCAAAUUGACUGAUAGACUAAAGGAACUCGAAUGCGAGCGAAAAAAUUUAGAUAAAUUACGAUCGUCGUCGGCAUUUCAGCGAAAUUUCGUUUAUCCCGUUGCAAUGUUGUUGCUUCUUGCCUUAACGGGGAUCACAGUUCUGCUUGUGGCUCAAAAUACGAUCGAAUUGUUGAUUGGCAUCAAAGCGUUGCCACUUAGUUCGCGACAAUUUACACUCGGAAUCAUGUCGUUGUCGAAAUUGGGACCAUUGGGAGCUGCUUUGGAAUUUGUUGUGAUAAUUUAUUUGUCGGCAGCAUCCACAGUUGGUUUGUACACGAUGCCUUCGAUGCAGAAAGUACGUCCAAAGUACAGAGAAACAUCGCUUUCGAUAUUAAUUCUCAAUUGUGCCCUCGUGCUGAUCUUGAGCUCGGCAUUUCCGUUGCUUGCACGCAUUUUAGGUAUUACGAAUUUCGAUUUGUUGGGAGAUUAUGGAGAAAUCGAAUGGCUCGGAAGUUUCUCUUUCGUCUUUCUAUAUAACGUUGUUUUUGCAACAGCUGCUGGCCUAAUAAUCUUCUUCAAAUUCACGACAACUGUAAGGAACGAACUGAUUGCACGCCUAACCUCCUUGCUUGGUUCCAUUUUUGGCAUAAAAAAGGUAGAACAGCACAUUUUAAAUACACAUAUUAUCACAGAGGAAAUUCCCAGUAAUGAGGAAGCGCAAUUUCUUCUGAAUCAUUCAAUGCAAAGCAACUCCAGUAAAAAAGACGAUUAGAAUAUUUAAAAUUAAAAAAAAAACAAGCGUAGUUCAAUUUAAUUUUAUUAUUUUUAAUUUUUAUAUAUUAUAACUAAAUUAUGGCGUUUUAUUUAUUUUUUAACAACAACACGACAUUUAAUUCAAUUUGAGAAAAACCAAAGAAUUAAAAGUAAGAUACUCAAUUCAUUUCAAGUGUGAAUUUAUUAUGAUAAAAAAAACGAAAGUUUACUUGACAACAAUAAAUAAAUAAAA